AUAAGGCUCAACGUCAACAACUGGGGGUUGUCUUAACGCAUAAUGUGGGUAUAUUUAAUGUAAUAUUUAAUUAUGUUCCCUUUACCAUGAUUGCCGGAGUGCAAAAUAGUGCAGUGACUUCUACCACUUGAACAGUUCUGGUUUGGGUCCAAGCAUUAUACGUGUGAUCUUUAUUAUUGUUUGUCUGGGCUAUUACUCUGAUCAUGAUAUUCCCAAGAAUAUUUGUUAAUGAACAGUGUUCUUCCAAAAAAUAUUUGAUAGACUGUGUGAUCCCCCACCUCAUCUUCUUACUCCAUAGUGACACCAUCUAUCUCGUUUUCAAGUAAACUGUCAUGUUUCGGUGAAACUGGCUGUCUUCGCUGUCUUCCAUGAUCGAAACUGGCAAUCUUACAUGAUCUGUCGUUGUGACGCAUGCGCGGCUUCGCUGUCGACAGUGUCGCAAAGUGACGCAUGCGCGACUGGGAUCGGGUAGUGACAAAUGCGGCGUCUAUGUCUAUGGAUUUACGACUGCUACUGUUCCAAAUUAAGAACGAAUCCCAGAUGAGAAAACUUUCAUGAGUGAAUUGUCGCGGGAACUUUGUAAAUGGAGUUAAGAAGAAAUGUAUGUUUACUUUCUUCUUAACUGCGUUCGAGAAUGAGGUCCAAUGUAUUUUACUUUCCUUUUGUGUUCUCACUCUCUCAGAUGGCCCACGUUUCCUUAAAUAUUUGCGUGCAUUUAAUAUGCUACCCACCAUUGCAUUAACAGUUGACAGAGAUGCACUUGGUUGGCAUAUCUCGAAGUAGAAAGACUGAGCCUUUAGGUCAGUGUCUAAUCACUAGCUGGUUUGGGAUGGACCUCCGAAAAGUGUAUGUGUAGGGUUGAGUAUAUGUUCAUUUGAAUACACAUGUGUACAUUUUCAUUUGUUGAGUUACGUUACUUUGCUGUUUUUGGCUUAACCCACAAAGGGGAACUUUGCAGAGUGAGCGGGACCUACUGACUGACUGAUCUACUUCACUGUAACCCGAUGCCACUUUAACCACGCCCCCCGACCUAGACCACAGAGACCACCAGUUGUAUCUUUCUCUAUCGUUCGCCUCCAUCCAAGGGUGCCCACCUCUCUGUAAUCAACUGCUAACUAACUCUGCAACCGAAGCCAAACGAAGCACGACAUCGGGAAGACAAACUACAACGGAACGAGCGAUCGAAUCCUCCGACCUAAACUGCAGUGUACAAAGACGACAUCACAGAUAGGACAACUUUCUCAAUCUAAGGACAUCACCAUCUUUUCUCAACUAUACUAGCUACUCACUACCUGACUAAGCAUAGGACUGUUUACAUUUGCCAUCGUUCAUGUAUUUUAUCUGUUUUGUUCACCGAACAUAACUGUUGAUAUAUAUUUCCAAGGUUAUUUGGUAGUUGGCUUCGCCACACCAUUUAAGGGCUAUCGUUAGUAUUGCUUCUCAGAGACAUGAGGUCUGCCUUUGUGUUGUGUCGGUCCAAUCGGUUGAGAUAACCAACAUAUUGGUGCUGUUGUCAGGAUAGUACCAAUGGACCUCACUCUCGAACACUUUCUUUAAUGUCUUCUUACGAACCUCGUAAUACCAACCCUAAGAAAGCUCCCUGCCAGAUUCAUGAAUACGUGGAAAUGUGUUCUUAAACGGCCAACGUGUUCUCAGCUGCGCUCCCCCGAAUGAGGAUUCUUAAAUUGAAUGUGCAUUCUCGUACACCUGAAUUUGCAUACAUAAUCGCCCUGCCAGCUCCUUAUAAGUGCGAUAGACUCCUGUGCACACAGAACCCACAGGUAAUGCAACAGCAACACAAUUUCAAAUCAUGUCAAAGCGGAAAGCAAACAACAGUGGCGCACAUGCCAGUAAACGAAGACCUAACUUUACCGGUCCAGAGAUGGAGGUAUUGUUUCAAGGUGUAGAGAGUAAGCGUGACAUCUUAUUUAGUCCUGUAAGUGCGGGGUACAACUCCAGCAAAAAAAAAGAGGCAUGGGAGGACAUAACAGGUGACAUUAACAUGGUGUCAGGAGAGGGGCGCACAGCAGCUGAAGUUAAAAAGAAAUGGGCUGAUGUGAAAUCAGAGGCCAAAAAAAGAAUCUCCAAGCAUAGGAGAGACAUGCUGGCCACUGGAGACGGAACAGCGGACCCAGGGUUGUCUGAGAGGGACCAGCGCGUCGAGGCCAUCAUGGAAGCCAAACCAGUCGACGGUGUGCCAGGUGCUGAUAAUAUGGACACAGACCAGGGGUACCACCUAUCCUCAGCAGCCGUGGCCCCAUCACCCAUCCUAUCUCCCCCGUUGAUUAAGCGAGAAAUUGAAACGGACGAUGAAACUGAUGAUUCUGAGGCAGAACCAGCCCAGCCGUCCACAAGCGCUGCCCCACCAGCCCGGCCGUCCAUCAGCGCUGCCACGCGUGCACCCAGGGCCCGUGGUGACAUAAUAACUCAGGCGGUGCUGGACAGCCAGCUGAGAAUCGCCGACAGCCAGGAGAGAAUCGCUGGGGCACUGGAAGCGCUUGCAGCAACAAUGGCGAAAAUGAACGAUACCCUCACCCAAAUAAACAAAAAGAUGCCCUGACACCCUUGUUUGAGUAUUACUGAAGAGAUGUGUUCUGUAGAUAAAUUGUAAACUGUAUCAAAUAAU